AUGAAAGUGUUGGUGGUGGGGGUCGCAAACGACCAGUCCAUCGCAUACGGCUGCGCGAAGGCGUUCAGCGAGCAGGGAGCCGACCUGGCGGUUACGUUCCUGAAUGAAAAGGCCGAACCGCAUGUCCGGCCGCUUGCCGAAGAACUGGGCGCUGAAAUCGUUGCGCCGCUCGAUGUUCGCGACCUGGAACAGCAGGAUGCGCUCUUUCGUGAGAUCACGGAGAAAUGGGGCAGGCUCGAUACGUUGCUUCACUCGAUAGCAUUUUCGAAAAAGGAAGACCUUCACGGGCGUGUCGUGGAUUGUUCCGCCGAGGGGUUCGGCCUGGCGAUGGAUAUCUCGGUACAUUCUUUCCUGCGCCUAAUCCGCGGCGCUGAACCGCUUAUGCCGCAAGGCGGAACCUGCAUGACAGUGUCCUUCAUGGGGGCACAGAAGGUUGUCGAGAACUAUGGGGUCAUGGGACCGGUCAAGGCGGCGCUCGAAGCCGCAACCCGUUAUGCUGCCGCUGAAAUGGGACCGAGGGGAAUAUCCGUUCAUGCGCUCUCGCCCGGACCAUUGAAAACCCGUGCGGCAUCGGGAAUUGCGGAGUUCGACGAACUCCUGAACGACGCUGCCGAGCGUGCGCCCACGCAUCAGCUUGCAACAAUCGACGAUGUUGGAGCCUACGCUGCGUUCCUGGCAAGCCGGGAAGCCUUCAACGUUACCGGCGGCAUUCACUUCAUAGAUGGCGGAUACAGCAUUGUUGGAUAG